UUCCUCCGCACGCAGCUUCCCCUCCCGAAGCUCCCCAAGUUUGAAAUUUCGAACGGUCGGCGGCGGAAGGAUGGAGAGGGCUACCACCUCCGGAGGCGGCGGCGGCGGCAGCCAGCCGCCGCGGGGGGUAGGGCUGCCGUUGGUGGAGGUGCAGGCGGCGGCGGCGUCGCUGCGGCGGUCGGAGGUGUUCUACGUCGUGAAGGAGCUCCUCGGCUUCGUCCUCUACAUGCACCACCAGAUCCCCGCGGUAUUGCAGAAUCUUGAAAAUGAAUUUGCAAGUUUAAAGGAGGAAAUGACAGAGAUGGCAUUGCCACCAGGAGAAAUGAAACCAUCUGAUCAGAGAAAGUACAAUACACGGAAAAGGGAAGUAAGACGGAGGAUCAAGAAGCAGGAGAAGUUAAUGAAUGGCCUCUCCAGCGUAUUUUCUGCUCUUCAGAAAGCACUCGAUGAAGUUCCUAGCAUUGAAGGAGUUCUCCUGAUCCUCGGUGGUAGCCUUGUCAGGCCUCUGUUUGUCUAUGACAUUACAAUUUCUCAUGGUAGAUUUGAUGCUGGAAGUGCCAAUGAGCGUGGUGCAAGCAAAUUAGCGCAGUCCGUUUCUCGAAAGGCCAUUCGUGCUCUUAUAUCAAGUGGUGCAGGGAGUUUAUCUUAUACAGGCCCUACCAAGCUGUUUGUUCUAGUCAGAUGUCCCUGUACAUUGAACUUACCACUGGACUUCCUGCCGAAACGUGAUUUUCGUUACAGCAAAAAGGUUGUACCCCUCCAGAUGUGUAUAAAAUGCAAUAUAGCAGGCAUCCAAAUAGAUAAUCAACAAAUAACAUCAAUUGUUGAUGCUUCAAGAUGCACUUCAGAAUCUACUAUUUCUGAGGUUAUCUGGUUCCAGUGUAAGCAUACGAUAAGAGGCCUACCUUGCAAGGCGUCAUUAGAAGAGUGAUAUGGCCCAAGCAUGUUGAAGACGCCCAGAAAACAGUGGAUGAUGUAGCGAUAUAACUCCUGUUCUGACUUUGUAAAUGCAUACGGCAUUCCGCGAAGGAUCAUCAUUCUGUAUGUUCGUUCCAUUUGUACAGUGCUAUGAAGUUCAGUUCGCUCCAUUGCCUAACAAAGAAGAAUGAAAAACAAGAGCACAAUUAAAGUUUAGUGAACCUGAAGUAUUGAAUUGAAUCUCCACACCAUUUUACUUA